GAAAAAACAAUAGAAGAAAUAAAAUUAUCCCAGGAGACAGUAGGUACAGAAGUUGACUAGGAGACAAUAGUCUUGUUCUUCAGAUCUCUGGUUUUUGGUUUCCUGGCCAUGGCGGAAUCAUUUCUCUUCAGCAUUGCAGAGUCACUCCUAUCAAAGCUUGCUUCUCAGGCUUAUGAGGAAGCUUCUCGUGUGCUGGGUUUGUACGACCAUCUCAAAAACCUUAAAGACACCCUAUCAUUAGUCCAGGCUGUCCUGUUGGAUGCUGAUCAAAAGCAGGAGAAGAACCAUGAGCUGCGGGAAUGGCUGAGGCAGCUCAAACGUGUCUUCUUUGAUGCUGAAGAUGUUCUAGAUGAAUUUGAAUGCCAAACACUGCAAAACCAAGUUAUCAAAGCUCAUGGUACCACCAAAGACAAGGUAAGUCACUUCUUAUCAACUUCUAAUCCACUUGUUUUUCGUUACAAGAUGGCUCAACAAAUCAAAGAUAUCAGCAUGAGACUAGACAAGGUUGCAGCUGAUAGGGAUAAGUUUGGCCUUAAAGCAAUUGAUGUUGACACACGUGUUGUGCACCGGAGAGAGAUGAGAGAGACACACUCCCAUGUGAACGAUUCAGAUGUGAUAGGAAGGGAACAAGACAAAGGAGAGAUCAUAGAGCUCUUGAAGCAGCAGAAUCCCAAUGAUGAUCAUAAAAGUCUCUCUGUUAUCCCCAUAGUGGGGAUGGGAGGCUUGGGAAAGACCACACUUGCGAAGUUUGUGUUCAAUGACAAGGGGAUAGAUGAGUGUUUCCCAUUGAAGAUGUGGGUGUGUGUUUCUGAUGACUUUGACCUUAAGCAACUCAUUAUCAAAAUCAUCAAUUCUGCUAAUGAUUCUGUUUUUCUUGCUGAUGCUCCUGAUCGCCAAAAGAAUUUAAAGGAAAUGGAUCUGGAGCAACUGCAACAACAAUUGAGAAACAAACUUGCUGAUCAAAAGUUCCUACUCGUCUUGGACGACGUAUGGAAUGAAGACCGUGUUAAAUGGGUUGAGUUGAGGAAUUUAAUUCAUGUAGGUGCUGCUGCAGGUAGUAAGAUUCUGGUUACUACACGUAAUCAUUCCACUGCUUCCAUGAUGGGCACGGCUUCCUCUCAUAUGUUAGAAGGUCUUUCUCCGGAGGAUUCAUUGUCUUUGUUUGUCAGAUGUGCGUUUAAUAAAGGAGAAGAGGAAAACUAUCCUCAGUUGAUAAAUAUUGGCAGAGAAAUUGUGAAAAAAUGCAGAGGGGUUCCAUUGGCGGUGAGAACACUAGGGAGUUUACUAUUCUCCAAAUUUGAGGCAAAUCAGUGGGAAGAUGUGAGAGACAAUGAAAUUUGGAAUUUGCCACAGAAAAAAGAUGACAUUUUACCAGCCCUCAAAUUGAGUUACGAUCUCAUGCCGUCCUAUUUGAGGCAAUGCUUUGCCCUAUUUUCUCUUUACCCUAAGGAUUACGACUUUUCUAGUUAUGAUGUGAUUCAACUUUGGGGGGCACUCGGAUUCCUUGCAUCACCAAAAAAGAAUAGGGCUCAAGAAGAUAUUGCGAUUCAGUAUUUGUGGGAACUAUUCUCAAGAUCUCUUCUUCAAGAUUUUGUAAGCCAUGGCUCCUAUUAUUCAUUUCGCAUACAUGAUUUGGUGCAUGAUCUUGCUCUGUUCAUUGCAAAAGAUGAUUGUCUACUUGUAAAUUCCCACAUUCAAAGUAUACCUGAGAACAUUCAGCAUCUAUCUUUUGUUGAAAAAGAUUUUCAUGGCAAAUCACUCACCACAAAAGCAGUAGGUGUGAGAACCAUAUUUUAUCCUGGUGCUGGAGCGGAGGCAAACUUUGAAGCUAAUAAAUACUUGAGGAUUUUGCAGUUAACGCAUUCUACCUUUGAAACUUUGCCUCCUUUCAUUGGGAAGUUAAAACAUUUAAGAUUUCUUAAUCUUCGCGAUAAUAAGAAAAUUAAGAGACUCCCUGAUUCCAUUUGUAAGCUCCAAAAUUUGCAGUUUUUGUUCCUGAAUGGGUGCACUGAGCUUGAAACACUGCCCGAAGGUUUAAGAAAAUUGAUAAGCCUCUAUGAUUUCGAGAUAACCACAAAGCAAGCUGUUUUACCUGAGAACGAGAUAGCAAACUUGAGUUAUCUUCAAUAUUUGACUAUUGGAUAUUGUGAUAAUGUGGAGUCUUUAUUCUCAGGGAUAGAGUUUCCUGCUCUUAAAGCACUGUCUGUUAGGUGCUGUAAGAGACUAAAGUCUUUGCCACUUGACAGUAAACAUUUUCCUGCAUUAGAGACUUUGCAUGUUAGAUACUGUGACAAGUUGGAAUUGUUCAAGGGCCAUGAAGACCAAAACUUCAACUUAAAGUUAAAAGAAGUAUCAUUUUGGGAAAUGCCACAGCUAAAAAUUCUACCUCAUUGGGUUCAAGGAUGUGCUAACACAUUACUAUCCUUGCAUCUAGCACAAUGCUUCAAUCUUGAGGUGCUUCCUGAUUGGCUGCCAAUGCUAACUAAUCUGAGAGUACUGGAUAUUGAACUUUGUCCAAAGCUUCGGUCUCUUCCAGAUGGCAUGCAUUGCCUCACUGCCCUUGAACAUUUGCGAAUCAAAUAUUGUCUUGAAUUAAGCAUAAAAUACGAGCCGCAAGUUGGAGAGUGUUGGGACCAAAUAUCACACAUCAAGCAGAUUACGAUUGAUGAACAAAAAAUCUGGAAGAAGAGGUAGUGGAAAAGAGGAAGAAGAAUUCGAGGAAGUUGAAAGCUUUAAUAAAUGUCGAAGGCCUUUUCUUUUUUAUGGUUUCUGUAAUGCAGAUUGUUGUUCUUGAGCAUUUUCUUAAUCUGUUUUGAUUUAUGUCCUCCACAUUAUUGUACUAGUCCACUAUAGAUUGCACUACGGAUGUUUCUUUGAUGUAGACCAGUAUGAUGAUAUCUCUUUUAUCUUCCUCUUUUUUUCUUUUUUUUCUUUUAUGGAUACUUCAAAAAUAUUUUGGUUUGACGGAGGGGAAGUUCAAAUGUUGUUGCAAAUUAUAUAUUGAUAAUUCAGCUUCCACUUAUAUUGAUUGACAUCCU